AUGUUUCGCGACUUCUUGAUACGGUGCGUUUCUUGUAGACUCGGGUGAUCAGAUGUUCUCAAGGAUCGAUUCUCGGCAUUCGUGACAGCCCCCAUCAAGCUCGUGUGAAACCUUUGGAACGACUGGACUCCAGGAAGACAUACGGCGUCUGAGGAACACUUAAGAGAAGGAUAUCCUGACCCCUGAGCAAGAUGACAAAGGUUUCGCUGCUGAGGGGACGCCACGGACAGCAAUUCCUGAGAUACUUUCAGACUUUCCACCUUCUCAUGUCUGGAAUCACCAUGGGUCUGGUACUCGUUCUCGUCGGACCAACGCUGCUCGAUCUCGCGGAUAUUUUGCAAGUCUCCGUCCGUCAGAUAACCUUCGUGUCGUUCGGAUGCGAUUUAGGAGCUUUCAUCGGCUCCGCUCUAGCCCUGGUGAUCUAUAAAUAUGUCAGUGCGCAGAAGGUCUUGAUAUCCUCCGUCCUGCUGAUCGGUAUAUCGAACAUACUGAUCCCGAAUGCAGGAUCGCCGACAACGAUGGCUGCGUUGACAUUCUGUGUCGGGAUGAGCGUGGGAGUCGUGGAAAUUGGAGCCUAUAUUUGGAUAAUCGGAUUGUGGCCGGACAACGUUGCUCCAAUCACUCAGAUGCUCCACCUUGCUUACGGCAUAGGAGCGUUUAUGUCACCUUUGAUCGCGGAGCCUUAUCUCCGGCAUCACGAGGAAGAUCCCGAUUCACUCGUAUUCAACUCGACAGAAGCAAAUAAGACGGAGUUUCUCAACGAUUUUUUGGAUGGCGAAUUCGACAACUCCAGCUACGUUGACUAUCCUCCAAGCUUGGCUACGGAAUCCCGAGUGUACAUCCCCUACGCCUUGAUCGGUGCCUUCGCUCUCUUCAAUGCUGGCUCCAUCCUCGUUUCGUACUGUUUGGACUCGAGAGAUAUCAAACCCGAAGAACCCGCCGAGGAAGAACGAGCGGCACGGAAACCAACUUCGAAAGCCUUCCAGUGGUCCCUAGUGUCACUGGUCGGCUUCUAUAUCAUGGUCCUGGUGGUCCUCGAAGUCACCGUGGGCAAAUUCCUCGCAACAUACGUCGUUCAGCAUUUCGGGCUCGACCGUUCGAUCGGAGCUUAUCUCGUCUCGUUGUUCUACAUUGGAUUCACAUCGGGGAGGGUGGUUGCCGUGCCAUUAUCUCUGAAGUUCACUCCGAUGCAAAUGAUGAACGCCGCGCAAGCGUUAUUGAUGGCGUCGGCGGUCUGCCUAACAGUUUUGGACACAAACGUUAAUGUUUUGUGGAUCUGCUUCUUUACUUUGGGGCUUUCCAUGGCGCCAAUGUUCGGCUGCUGCACGGCGUGGCUCUCCGCGCACGUGACCCUUUCGCACGAUUUCAUGUCAGUCAUAAUGACUAUCGCGACUUUCGGAGCCAUAGGUCCUCCCCUUUUUGUCGGAAGUUUCAUCGAAAGCCAUCCCUACGUACUAACAUAUUUCAUCCUGCUCGCUGCCGUCUGUGUGCUCGUGACCGCCUGGUCGAUGGGCUUCGUAGCCCUCAUCUAUCACAAAAGAACCUAUAGACGAUGUCCUGUAGACACGAAUGAGGAAUUGCACAAAUUGAGUGAAGCUUGAUCUUCUCUGACAGAAUGCUCGUCGCACCGAUAAUUAUCGAGAAGCUUGUUGCUUAGCAGAGACUUCAGUCCCCCUUCCCCGAGGCA